UUUCAGAGUGAGUUCCUCUGCUGUCAUUAUGGCUCGUGUGCUCGCCGCCGUGGCCCUGCUGGCCGUGAUGUCCAGCGGGUUCUGUGAGAAGACCUUCGUCCAACAGGCCGGCCAGGCCUUCACCAGCAGGCAGUACAGGUCAGUGCUGAACGUGACCAACGGGGAGCAGUUUGGAGACUGGACCUGGCCCGAGAUGUGUCCCGAGAAUUUCUUCGCCGUUGGAUUCAGUGUCAGGGUGGAGUCCAACCAGUACAUAGAUGACGACACGGCCCUGAACGGGAUCCGCCUCGUCUGCGCCAAAGACGAAGACCGAAGCUUCCUGUACACCGUGGAGUCCCACACCGGCUACUUCGGGGAGUGGUCCCAUCCCCAGUACUGCCCCAGCGGCGUGCUCAUCUCCUUCCAGUUGCGGGUGGAGCCCCAUCAGGGCCUGUUUGGCGACGACACCGCCGUCAACAACAUCAAGUUCCGCUGCAGCAGCAACCCCAUGCUGCAGGCGCCCGGCAUGCACUGGGGCGAGUACGGCCACUGGAGCCAGGAAUGCCGGGAUGGAGGGAUCUGCGGCAUCCAGACCAAGAUGGAGGAGUACCAGUGGGGCCUGGACGACUCCUCCCUCAACGAUGUCCGCAUGUUCUGCUGUGACAAACCUCAGCAGUGAUCCGCUGGUGAGAUGCUUGGUCCAGUCUUUCUCCAGAACCUCCAACCCCAAGAUGACAA